AUUUAGUGAGUCAGCUGUGAACGGUCAUAAGAGAGAAGCGUGCAAGUUUUAGUCAUGGCAGAAGGAAAAGCCGCUGGUCCUCGGUCACAUUGCGGCCGUAUGGGUGCCCUGGGCCUCAGGUGCCCCAACAAGCACAACCUCCUCUUCUUCUACGCUCCUGCUCAGGGCGUAGUCAGCUUUGUCGGUCUCGCGGUCAACUCGGCAAAUCCACGCAUUCUCCAAAAGUUGUUCCCGAAGAAGGACUUGACGAGUACGUUACUUGCCUGUUCCACCAUCGGAACGGGGCUCUACCUGUACAAUAGGCCGCACAUGCAAUCUGCACCUACGCAAUUUAGACUGUCCUACAGCGUUUACGGUGCUCUACUGUUCAACUUUGGCUCACUGCUGUUGUUCGCCGUGGCCAAGAGCUACCUGCCGGAGAACACCAACCUCGCGACCUUGGUCGGCUUAGCCUCCUGCUACAGCCUUGUCAAAGUUGGCACCUCCUAUUUGGACCACAUCGACUCGCAGCUACAAAAAGAGUAAUGGAAAAAGCAUUUUGUGGGGAAAAAAUAUACAUAAAUGAAUUGUUUGUUCAUUUUACUAACAAAAGCAGCACUGUGGCCGCUGCUUGUUUAGUCUUGCUUUUGAAGAGGCCAUGAUUUUACUGAUACAAGUUUUUGACUAUUUUGUAAAAGGUACCUGUAGUCUUGUGAAGAUUUAGACCUGAAUGGCAUUGUAAGAAAUACAUAAUUACAUUUCAA